GCGUCCUGUGACUGCAGUCAGGUGGUUGUGGGGGUUUUCUUCCCUCCUUCCCCUUUUCCCCUCCCUCCCUCCCUCCUGCUCCGGCUUCCGUGGGCCGUCCCAGCGGGGAGCCGGCUGGGAAAAGUUGGAGGAAAGUUGCCGGUUGGGAAAGUCGCGGCCCCGGCAGUCAGGCUUCCCCGCCGGGCCCCGAGGGAGGGCCGAGGAUGGCUGGCGGGGAAGGAGCGGGCUCCGGCGUGCUCGAGAGUAGGGAGCAUCUCUUCAAGGUGCUGGUGAUCGGGGAGCUGGGCGUGGGUAAAACCAGCAUUAUCAAGCGCUACGUGCACCAGCUCUUCUCCCAGCACUACCGGGCCACUAUAGGGGUGGAUUUUGCGCUCAAAGUCAUCAACUGGGACAGCAAGACCCUGGUGCGGCUGCAGCUCUGGGAUAUAGCAGGCCAGGAGCGCUUUGGAAAUAUGACCAGAGUAUACUACAAAGAGGCAGUUGGUGCUUUUGUGGUCUUUGAUGUUACAAGAGGGUCUACUUUUGAGGCUGUUUUAAAAUGGAAGCAUGAUUUGGACAGUAAAGUACUACUUCCCAAUGGCAGCCCCAUUCCUGUUGUUCUUCUUGCAAACAAGUGUGACCAGAAGAAAGAUGGCAGCCAGAAUCUCACUCAAAUGGACCAGUUCUGCAGAGAAGGUGGCUUUGUUGGAUGGUUUGAAACAUCUGCCAAGGACAACAUCAACAUAGAUGAAGCUGCUCGAUUCUUGGUGGAAAACAUCCUUACCAACUACAAAACCUUUCCUAAUGAAGAGAAUGAUGUGGGGAAACCAAAACUGGACCUAGACCCAUUGAAAGCAGAGAGUAAAUCACAGUGCUGCUAAUGAUACCACUGUUCAGGAAAUGUGAUGGGACAAGCAGCAAGACUGUUCCUUAAAUCACACUGCUGCUAUGGUGCUGCAUUGUGACAAUUCAUAUGGGCUGUCUGGUAUUAUCUAAAUAGGUGAUUCUUGUGGGUGUUUACAUAUUCUUGUUUUGCAUGAAACUGUAUCUUGGGAGUUAUCACUCCACUUGCUUGAGUGGCUAAAUUUAAAUCUUACUGAUGUCUUCUUACCUGAGAAAAUAAGGUAGUGUUUACACUCCUAAAAAGGAACAAAGACAACAUUCUGUGUCUAGUUUCCUUCUAGGAUGUAUGCUACGUUCCAAAUAGGACUCACUUGUCAUGGUUUUAGCCGAACAGGUAUUUGCACCUUUAAAGUAAACUUUUCCUUUCUCACCAGUAAUAUCCCACUUUAGCCUUCUUACCUACACAUAUGUCCCUAUUUAUUAUCCCCCUCCAUGAGAAUCUGUCUCAUUGCUAGUUCUCCUGGAUUGAGACAUCCCAGAAAUAUUGAAGGGGCCAAUGACAGAUGGGAGGUAUGUUAGUGUGUUCACUAGGACUGAGUGAAGUAGAUGGCUUUUACCACCGAGUAAGAACAUGAUCUGUAACUGAUGGUAUUUAACAAGGGAAGGGCAUGGUUACAGAGAUACUAACAAAAAUACAUGUCUGGCAAUUUAAGGCAGAAUAUUUUCACCUAAUACUUUACAUAUGAAACACAUUAAUGGAUACAGUUGAAUUUUUGGCACAUAGUUAUGGUAACCCCACCUAUAUGCACAUCCAGAAAUAAACAUCCAGUAACUUUUCAUGCAUUAACACUGGAAGCUUUACCAAGAGUGCAAAAAGUAAGUAUCUUACUGUUCUGUGAUAAUGAACUUGCUGCUUUUUCCUUUGUCUUUGUAGUUCUGAAUACAAUGAGAAAGGAGAGAGGUCUUGAAGGAAAUAGCUUAACUGGUUCUUGCUAGCCUAUCAAACCUUUUCCCCCAUGCCACAAGCUCUUUUUCAAUUUUAGAACAGUGCUGCACUCUUCUGACUAGUUGGAGCUGGUGAACUGGUUUACCAGUUUGUAACUCUGUAUACUGAGAUGCUUCUGUUUCCCUGUUAUAACUAAUGUAUUUUUAGCAGCAAAUGAAGAUCAAAAGGAUUAGAGAGAUUUCACAGUUCUUAAAUACAUUCUGGAAUUCAGGCUCUACAUGGCUGAAAGGCUUUGGAACUCCCCUUUAUUUUGAGGGUUUCUACUGUCCUGGUACCUCAUUGCUACUGACUUCAGAAGUCUUAUCUUGCUUGGUCUGAUGAUGCUGAUGUUUUCUUAAACAUCAGCAUGAAGUAUGUGCCAGAUUGGGUAUACUUUAAUCUGUGCUGAGAUUUCUUAGACUGUCAUCUUUUUUUUUUUUUUCUAAAGAGUAAUGUAGUUUUUAAGAGAAAAAUAAAUAUAUUUGGGCAUCUUAGGGAUGUCAUUGUUUGCUUUUGAAAACAUGAAUCUUCAGCCUAUACACAAAUGCUUUCAUUCACAUUUGGAAACAACUUUGUCUUCUAGUAGUUUGUAUGCAAAAGGCUUAUCUUAAAAUGCCAAGCCUUACUGUAGUAAAAGCUGAAACUGGGUUUAAUUAGCUUAGGAUCAUCAGAUAAUUCAGAUAAGCUUUAAUAGAUAGCUAGUCUGCCUUUGUGCUACAGAGUGUUUUUGCUCCUGUUCCUUGGAGGGGGCGUUAGGGUUUGAGACUGGGAUGGAUCAGGAAAUCUGAUACAACCAGAAAAGUGCAUACUAUAAGACAAGACUGGUACUUUAGCCUGAGGAAGGGGAUGGGAGCAUCUACCUGGUAGAAGAGACCAAGACUGUAGUUUAUGGAAAAGUGCUUAAGUCAGACUAGUCAUGAAGCCCUUGCCUAAUUAACUGAAAAACUUUGAUUUGCAAAGAUAUGUGGAAGUUUAGACAGAUCCAAUGUAACUUCAGGCUAGUAAGUGAGCAAAAAGUGUCAAAUGUCAUUUGUUUUACAUGUACAGGAUAUACAUAUAAAGUGAUAGUUCAUAUCAAUCAGAUGAACAGAGGCCCCAUGCUGUUUUAUUUCAUUAUCUCUUGCAGUCUGAAAUAUGCCAAUCUUAAAUGAGCAAGUACCUGACUUCCUAGUCCCUAUGUUUAAAGGACAUUUUUGAGAUGGAAAAAUUUGAGUAAAAAUGUGAAUUGGUGCUUCAAGGAAGUGUUUUCCAUGGCACGUUUCUAUCAACUGAUUUCAUAAAGACUGAAGAUGGCAUAUAGUCUUCCUGGAUUGUAGUUGUGCAGUACAUCUGUGCAGCUAAUGCAGAGUCAGCCUCUAUUAAUUUUAAAAGCUUAAUGAGGCAUUACAAUUGCUGAGAAAACUAGAAAGGAGUUAGAGCAAUUAGUGGUCUUUCAGUAUGGGAUUUUCUAGUUGUAUCUUAACUGCAGUAGUAGGAAAAAUAAGCUAUUAAAAGCUUCAGUUUUGUUUGUUUAAAAUUUGUGUCAGACCUGUUGAGUUGCAAUAGUGUUCAGUCUCCUUAAACUGAACAAAUCCUUAUUCAUCUGUAGUGGCUAAUCGCUGGGGAAUAGUUUGAGUCAUUCUUACAGACUCAGGGCCUGAGUAACCAUUUGAUAUAUGGAGAUAUGAGGAAAUAGUUGUAAAAGAAAUAUGUGCUGUAUAACUAUGAUAUUGAAUGGUGAAACAUUUUGCUCUUAAAAACCGUUGCUCCCUUAUCUUUCUGUUCUUAACAUCUUGCUAGUGACCUUGGUUCCACAACAGAGAACUGGCCCCUUUUCUCCCACUACAGAUCAUGUUAUUUGGUAAAGACACACAGUUCUAAGUGUGUGCAUGCCUUUGUCCUUCACAUUAUGAAUUGCUAAAGAAUUUAAGAAGUGGGGGCAGCAGUCUACUUUGAGGAGUAUAAAAAAUAUAUUAACAAAAUGCCAGUGAGAUAAAUAAUUCAGAAUUGAAAUACAUCAUUCACUUGGCAGUGCGCGAAAGGUCACUUCAGUUUUGUUCUACAGCACAAUAAUAUUGUAAAUAAGGAACAUAAUAGAUUCAGCUCUAACUAUGUAAUGAAGAUUAUUUGAAAGAAAUUGUGCCUGUAUUUUUCAUGACCAUCAUAAAGCUUUGUUUGUGAGCUCA